AACAGAAAACGAGGCCUCGUUUGUCAUCGUCACGUGAUUUUCACGGAAACGAUACAAGCCUCGAAUCGGGGCUUCAUCUGGAACGCCCCUUUUUGCUCGACACAAGCUCCGGAGCUUCGCUUCAGAUGUCACAUCACUACCCCUCAUACAUUAAGUUGGUCUCGAUAGGCAGUUGGUAGUCGUGUGUGUGUUUCAUGUCGACAUCUGAAUGUGUGUGUUUCGCGUAUUUUGAAGCGUGAGUGGACGUUUGCUGCUAGCUGCGCUAGCAUUAGCCCGCCGCAUGCGCUUCAUAAGUACGUCAAAAGCCAAUUUUUUAUUCCUCGUACAUGAAAUUUGGUCUCGAUAGUCAGUUGGUAGCCGUGUUUAUUUCAUGUCGACAUCUGAAUAUGUGCGUUUCGCGUAAUUUUGAAGCGUGAGUGGACGUUUGCUGCUAGCUCCGCUAGCAUUAGCCCGCCGCCUGCGCUUCGUAAGUAGGUCAAAAGCAAAUUUUUUGUUCCUCGUACAUGAAAUUUGGUCUCGAUAGUCAGUUGGUAGCCGUGUGUGUUUCAUUGUAACAUUUGAAUGUGUGCGUUUUGCGUUAUUUUGAAGCGUGGGUGGACGAUGGCCCGUUUGCCCAGCUAAUGUUAGCCCAUACGUUUUGUGUAUGUAAAUUAGCCACGUGUGUGUGUAUGUAAAUUAGCCACGUGUGUGUGUAUUGUUUUAGCUCGCUGUGUUACGUUACCAUACUACUGAGAAUGGCAAUAAUUAAAAGGGGUGAUGAUUAAGUAGAAUCAGAUUUCCCCUGUGUAUUAUAGGACUUUCCAUUCCCUAAAGUGAAACAAGCAGUGAGGAAAACAUUGCUGCCCAAAGAGAGUGGCCCAUGCAGCCCAAAGCAGAUUGCUCAUUUGAAGAAAGCAAUGCCAUCGCUUAGUAGUGAUCAGAUGGAUACACUGAUGGCUAAACUGGAGGAAUUAGGAGUUCUCUCUGUAGAUGACCUGAGCCUUGUUGACCCGGAGGACAUUAAAGACACUCUGCCAUUUAUUCAGUGCAAAAGAUUCGUCAGAGCUGUCAAAGCAUUGGAAUCAGAUUCACAAGCUCCACCGCAGUUUACCAGGCCUGGCCCCUCAUCAACACCUGAGCCACAUAGGUUUCAGCUGCCUUCAACACCACCUGAGACAGCCGACUCCCCAUCCCAAGACACAUAUUCUGUUCCAUGGCACAAAUUUCCCUCAAAAGUCAUGGAUGACUUGCGUGAAAAGAAGUACAUAAUGGGGAAAGACAGACGAGAGAUGGUUCGGAUCGUCGCUGAAGAUUACCUCCACAAACACCCAGGAAGACCUGGUAGACAAAAGCUGAGGGAACUCGCCAGUAUGAUUGUAGGACAAUAUCCUGCCUCCUUCAAGCUGACAGAGCCGUUUGGAAACAAACCUUUUGCAAAAGAUGGUUCUGAAACUCUAUUUCGUCAGCUGGAACACAGAAUUGAAAAUAUGAAGAGGCCACAAAGCUCACUGAAGAGGCGAGCAGGGGGUGAAAAUUCAACAAAGAAAAGGCCCAGGAAUUCAGAUCAGUAUGGAUGUGUGGCGUGGGAUCCAAUCAUUGAGGGGACUGUGUGUAGAGAAGACCUGCUGUCUAAACGAGAUGACUUGAAACGUGCCUUUCAAACCCAGGAUCUUCAGGAGUCAUCUGUUAGAAAAUUGAUGACCGAAACAUAUCCCAUUCAGCGUGAAAUCCUCAACGAUGCUGAUACCUUUAUUGGCGUUGUAAAGGAGGAGUGGCCGUUCCUGUUUGAAGUUCCUCACCUGUUUGAUCAUGCAUCUAAACUCCUUGGCUUCUCUGUACAAAACAAGCUGGCACAGGAACUUUCCAAAAAAGAAAAGGGGAUCAAUGACUUCCUUGACUCAAAAGGGAUGAAGACGGGCGAAGGUCCAAUACAGCUCAUCUGUGGCAUUGCAAAAUACUUCAAGGAAGACUCUUACAAACUCUUCGACAAAAAAGAGAUCUCUGCAGAUCCUGAAGUCGAACUCCCAGUGACCCCAUGCAUCCUAGUCAGGUGACCAGCAAUUCAAGAUUGCUCUUGAUGGGUUACUUGUCAAUGACCACAUCACCUCUCCCAUUGUGGCUUUGAGCUACGUCUUCUCCAUGUUUUAUGUCUGCAACAUCCAAUACCCACCGGAGAUGGCUUUUACUCUCGAAUUCAUGCAAAGAGUUUUCUUUGGGAUCAAUCCUGAGCGAGGCUCCAAGGCAGAGAAGAAAGGGAAGAAACAGCACUUCAUACUUCCACAGGUGUGCAAGCUGGUUUCUCAGCUGAAGGAAUUUGAAUGCCAGCAGAAGGACUCUGAGUGGGCCAUUUGAGCUGUUCUCAAAGCUCAGAAAAUACCUUUUUGGACUGUAUGUACAAUUUUUAUAGUAUUAUGUGAAUUCAGAUGUUUUAACUAGAUGCCCACAACACACAUGCUGCAGUUUCAAAUCCCCCAUGUUAAGGGGGAGGGAAGGUGGGCGAUAUUUGUCAUUCCAGGUAGAGCUUUGCCUUUGUCUGUUUUACAGAAAUCUCUUUAUGGCAUGUUGCACAGAGUCAUCCUUAUAAGGUUAUGAUUGUUAUUGCUGCUGCACUGAUGUUUUAUAGAAAAUUUAUAUAAUGUAAUACUUCUAAUGUUCUACUUGUUUUUUGUAGAAAGGUCAGACACUGGUUGCAGAGCUCUGCCUGUCGGUGUGAUAUGUGGAGUUGGAGGUGUAGGUUUCUGCAUCCUCCUGGAGGGGGCUCCUCAUUUUGCACUGACAGGUGAGACAGCAACAUCAAUGCUGGCAGUUUUAUUGUUAUUUAUUGUUAUUUUGUCAAUGUCUUUAACAAAUCCAUUUGUUAUUAAUGCCUGUCAGCCUGUGGGUGCUAAAAAGUUGCUAGAUUUGGCAGCUCCCUGUUAAAGGACAUGGCUGUAGUUCUUUAAGAGAACAGCUGGUUUAUGUAUGUAAAAUUGCUCUGAAUGUGAAGGUGAUGUUCUGAAUGUUUUAGUGGUUGUAAUGUAAAUAUUGCAAUUCAUUC